GAGAGAAUCAACCAAAUCAGCCAAAAUGUGGCAAGGUGGGGGUCAACAGAUUCAACCCAAAUUUUCUGUGUUUGAUAACUGUUACAAAAGAUGUUGAAAACACACUUCAAAAAAAUUCUGAAAAUUCUGGAAAAAAUAGAUAUUGCCAUCUGAAAUUUGGGGGUCCUGACUACACAAAAUAUCGUAACAAAAGUAGUGGAAGUUUGCUUGAGAAUUCCAUGAAGGAUUUAACAUUUCAGCUUUAACUAUUCCCUUUUUCUAAGGGUCCAUGCCAAGACCUUUCGGGUGAUGUGUGACUAAAAUGUCAAUCACGUUGCUAUAGUAACGAAUUUGGCCCGUGAAAAGAGGGUACAAAAUCAAGGUCAAAAAUCAGCACUCGCCGAUUGGCAAAUUUAGCCUAACACGGCGUCGAAUAUGAAUAAAAUAAGGCAAUUUUUGAACAGUUAAGGUCUUGAGCUUUGUAAUUACGCAAUAAAAAAUACUGCACCUCGUCAGGAUACGUUGGGGUGGACGUCUAGAAUGAGGGGUAUGAGCGGUGAGUUAUACAGUGAUUCCGGUCCACAGUGCCGUUCAAAUGCGUCUCAUUUUUAUAAAUCGUACUUUUUGUUUAUAUUAAUAUAAUAGAAAAUAUUCUUAAAGUUUUAUUAAGGUUAUUGUAACGAUUAGAGGAUAAAGAAAAUAUUUCGAAACUAUCGUUUACGACUCUGCGUCAUUGACCCCAAAAUGUACACAACAUGGCGGAAGGAGGCGGACUUAGAUGUGAGAUAGCGAAUAUUCCUGGUGCAGAAAAUAUACCGUGCGGACUCAGUAUUCCAUACAAAUGCCACACGAGCUGUGUUUUGCUUAGGGAGUGUACCAGAGACGUUAAAAACCACUUAAAAACCUGAAAGUGCUUCAUGUCCAGAAACAAGCUACAGAUAAAAAGGAGCUUAUUCUUCAAAGGCUCGGCCAUUUCGACUUUGACCCCGAGAGUGAACUACUCAACUUAUGUCCAGCACACAGGUUUCGUUUAGGGACGAACUGGACUACGUCCACAAAGUGCCAGCACCCACUUCUCAAAGGGAAAGGGAAACCCUCUUCUUACCAAGCAAUUGGCGUCGAGAUUUCCAAGGAGCUGAAACUAGAUUUUGGUGUGUUGGUCCCAGUAGGGUCAUCUCUUUGUAAAAGGUGUAAAGAGAAAGAGACUGCUCGUCAAGGGGGCGUCUCGAUAGUCUGAAGGUUCAUUGGUCCGAAGGAAUCAAGGGUUCAUUGGCCCGAAGGUUCUAUAGUGACUAUUGAACAUUCGGACUAUUGCUACGGCCCCCUUGUCACCAUGAGAAGUAUACAGCAACUAAAGAUACAACUGUGGCUUCUAUGUCUAAACUUUCUUCAGCCCAAGAAGAAACUGAACAUGCAAGGUUAGACAUGCCAGUGUCAGGCAGCAGCAGCAAUGGCAGCUCACAAAGUAGUGGGAGGACAGACCUUGAAGCUUCUUGGGUCUCUACACCUGUAAAGAACCAGGACCUGGGGAAUUUGAAUAAUUUUCUUGUUCGUGGUGGGUUUGAACCAGCCAUAGGUCAACUUAAAUCUAGCUAUGACACUGCUGCCCCAAGAACGAGAAGGUAUUACAAACAGAAAGCAAGAGAAGGCAUCAACUUGGUUCUGAACUGUUUGUCACCUGGUCAGGAAGAAGCUGUCUGGAGAUAUAUUCAGAAAGCUGAUGAGGAAACCAGUACCAUCAACGCACUGAUAGCCUGUUAUGAAAGUGCAGAUUCAAGAAAACUAAACGCAUAAGUCUGCCGCUGUAUAUGUAUUUGUGCAAGACGUUUUUAGUCUAAUGAAAAGGCUCUACAGUGCAUUUU